CGACCGCGCAUGCGCAGUCGCUCACUCCGGGUCCCUGUAAAGAUGUCUGAGCAGGCGGGGAGGGAGCGGAGCGGAGGACCCGAAACAAACGGACAGAACCCACGACUCUCCGCUACUUAACCGGUCAAGGCAGAUCGAUGUCAUUCUGACGAGCAGGUGAGAUGUCCAACGACAGCCAGGGAUCGGUGAAGGGGGAGGCGGCGCCCAUGAUGCCUUCUCCCUCAGUGCCUGCCUCCUCUCAGGGACCACCCCUCUCUCCGUCCACCCCUUCAAAACCACCUGAACUUCCAGAUGAGCUGGUCCAGGCGGGAUGGUCUAAGUGUUGGUCUCGGCGGGAGAAUCGACCGUAUUAUUUCAACAGAUUCACCAAUCAGAGUCUGUGGGAGGUGCCAGUGCUCGGUCAACAUGAUGUCAUCUCUGACCCUUUAGGCCUGAACGCUGCUCCAGCAGAGGGCGGAGAAAGUAACCUUGGUAAUGGUCAGAGGAAGAGGCGGAGCUCUGAGGAGCAGGGGGCGGUGCCUAACAGUUUAAAACGAGCAAAGGUCGAACCCACCACGCCCAUCUCUCCCAGCACACCAGGGGCCAAACCGUGGAACUCUGCCCCUGAGGAAAAGCCCGCUCAACCAGCAGUGCCCACGACUCCAACUCCAACCCCGGCCCCUGCCCCUUACAGACCGGCUGUUAUUUACUGGGAUCUGGAUAUCCAGACUAACGCUGUGAUCAGAGAGCAGCACCCUGCCAAUCACCUGCCCCCCCACCCCGAGAUCGAAAUGCAGAGAGCUCAGCUGGUCACCAAGCUUAGGCAGCACUACCACGAGCUGUGCCACCAGAGAGAAGGAAUCGAUCCGCCCCGAGAGUCUUUCAACCGUUGGCUACUGGAGAGGAAAGUGAUUGAUAAAGGUCAGGACCCCUUGCUGCCGAGUGACUGUGACCCUGUCAUCUCCCCGUCCAUGUUCAGAGAGGUCAUGAAUGACAUUCCUAUCAGGUUGUCUCGUAUCAAGUACAAAGAGGAGGCCCGGAAGCUGUUGUUUAAAUACGCAGAAGCAGCGAAAAAGAUGAUUGACUCCAGAAAUGCAAGUCCAGAGAGCAGGAAGGUGGUGAAGUGGAACGCUGAAGACACCAUGAGCUGGCUACGUCGAGAUCACUCCGCCAGCAAAGAGGACUACAUGGACCGUUUGGAGCACCUCAGGCAGCAGUGUGGUCCUCACGUAACCGCCGUCGCCAAAGACUCAGUGGAAGGAAUCUGCUCAAAGAUCUACCAGCUGUCUGCAGAGUACAGCCGCCGCCUGAGACAGACGCACCUGAGCCUGCUGCAGGACCCCCCCACAGAGGCGAGCGAGUCCCCCCAGCAGUCCAGGUUGGUGUACUGUUACCCGGUGCGUCUGUCGGUCCCCUCGCCCCCCCUGCCUCGAGUCGAGCUGCACUUUGAGAACGACGUGGCCUGUCUGCGCUUCAGAGGAGAGAUGGUUAAAGUCAACAGAGGUCACUUCAGCAAACUUGAGCUUCUCUACAGGUACAGCUGUAUAGACGACCCUCGCUUUGAGAAGUUCCUGUCCAGAGUCUGGUGCCUUCUGAAGAGAUACCAGGUGAUGUUUGGCAGUGGUGCUAAUGAGGGCACAGGCCUGCAGGGGGCACUGCCGGUGUCUGUGUUUGAGGCGUUAAAUCGACAGUUUGGAGUUUCUUUUGAGUGUUUCGCGUCGCCGCUCAACUGCUACUACAAACAGUUCAACUCCGCCUUCCCCGACAUCGACUGCUUCUUCGGAUCCAGAGGGCCGUUCCUGUCGUUCUGUCCGGUCAGCGGCUCGUUUGAAGCUAACCCGCCGUUCUGUGAAGAGCUGAUGGACGCCAUGGUGACGCACUUUGAAGAGCUUUUAGAGAAGUCCUCUGAACCUCUCUCCUUCAUCGUCUUUGUCCCUGAGUGGCGUGACCCCCCGACUCCGGCUCUGACUCGUAUGGAGGGGAGCAGAUUCCUCCGUCACCAGACGAGCGUCCCAGCCUACGAACACGAGUAUCGCUCUGGGAGCCAACACCUCUGCAAGAAAGAGGAGAUGUACUACAGGGCGGUCCACGGUACUGCUGUGCUCUUCCUUCAGAACGAUGCUGGUUUUGCGAAGUGGGGUCCGACUCCGGAGCGAUUAGCGGAGCUGAUGGCCGCAUACCGCCCCUCGCCGUCCCGCCCCUCCACCAUGUCCUCUCCUGGCCCCGCCCACACUGCUCCUGUAGACAAAGACUCCGCCGUCAAGGCCUCUGAAAGGACGUCGAGUGCUGUAGUUUCACCUGGUGUCCAUGACAACAACAACAGUAACAACAACAACAGCAGUAGCAGCAGCAGCAGCAGCAGCAGCAGCAGUAGUAGCACCGGUCCUCUUGACAAGGUGGCCGCUGUGUAAAAGGGGGUGGAGCUUAUAUUUAAACCACACCUCUUCACCUGUUGGAACAUUGUCUAAAGGUGUUUCUCUGUUUUACAGCAUUAGUUUGCUCUGAUUGUUGUCUUGUUUAUCCAAAAUGUCCCUCACCAGCACCUGUAGCACACCCUCAGCCUCUGUCCACAUACCCACAAUGCCGUUCUGCCACCCUGCCAAAAGGGGGCGGGGCCAGGUGUUCCCUUAAGGCCUGAUUUAAUCAUGUGUCAUCCAUCCUUCACCGUGUCCCUACUUCCUGGUUGGUUCCCCUCACAUCAGCUCUUCUGAUUGGUCGACGCUCUCGCAUCCCAGCAUCGGGAGCUUUGUUUCACCUGCAGCUGAUUCAACUCCAGGUGUGGUUGCUCCUGUUGCUUAGCAACAUGCAAGGCAGUUGGAUACUAGAUUAAGCAAGUCCGCACGCAGUGAAAUGUUGGCACUCCAGCAAUAAAUUCCUCUUGAUUCACCUGUGAUGUCAUUGUGAUGUCACUGUUCCUCUGGGUCUUUGGAGGGCUUCUGAUUGGUCCCCACACCCCAGGGCUUGGUGAUUGGUUGAUAUGGCAGCUAUCGUUUCUAUUGGACUCGCGUUUCUUUGUUGCGUUGGACAGAAUUUAAUGGCAUCCCUCUAAAGGCAGCCUCUGAAGGAUUCUGUGGCCAAUCAGUGUGGAGUGACCUCAUCAGUCUGUGAUGGAUUGUGGGAAACUGAGUUUUUGGCCAACAGAAGGAGGUGGAGUCUUCACAGUAAGUUGAUAUUUACUAAAAGAAGGAGGUGGAGUCAAAGUUGGGGCAAACUGGUCAGCGUGGACGGACGCCACGGCGGACAUUUGGACCUGGCCGUCGUGAGAUCAACAACAAGAGCGUCAGAUCCUACCUCCUCAAGAUGGAGGUGUUUAAAAGACAGGUGUGGGGCAGCAGGUGGAGCUGUUGGAGAUGCUCCUCCAUGAAUAAUCGAGUUGUGAAGUGUGACUGUCUUCAGGGAAUGAGAUUGUUUCUUAGUGCCAGUUGUGAUUUCUUCCUAUGCUAGCCUUUGUAAGUGCACGAAACUUUAAAAAGAGCCCCAGUCAGAGGUUUUAACAGAAGCAGCAUGUCUGAGGUGUUUGCUGACAAACUGAUGAAAUUUUCUCAUUCAUGUCCUCAUGUUGGGUUGAUUCAUAACCCAAGAAACUUUUCUCACUUAGCUCUCAUGAUAUUUCAAAUGAUUCUUUUGAUAAAGUCAAAUAUUUUCGUGUAGCUUUUUCUAACAUCAAGUCGUCCCCCCCCCCCCCGAAUGUUCCGCUGUCUCGUAACUAGAGUUCACGUUCUUUUGAUACUACUUAAAAAGCAACUCAUCUUAUAAACUUUGCGUCUCUUGUUGAAGUACUUGAGUUUCUGCAGUAACUUUAAAAAUGAGAUUAAAGAUAAAGAAAAAAACUAGCCGCUUGUCACACUUCCUAACUUGACUCCAACAGCAUCCCGCUGCUCUCUGAUUGUUCGAUCAGUUGUCCCAUCAGGAGUCUGUCUCUGCCUGACAUCAGUUUCUGCCCCAGCAUGUACAUACUGUACAGUUUAACUGAUAUGAAGUCUGUUGGUGUUAUUUUCCUCAUCUGCUGUUAAAUUGAUUGAAAGCAAAUGAAAUUGUUUUUUAUUUGAGUUAAUUUAACAAUUUUUUAAAACGAUUGAGAUCUUUUCUCUGUAUGAUACAGCUUAUGAUAGUUUGUUUUAAACUAAACCAAAGUGUUAUUAAGAAAAUCUAUAUCUUGUAUGUAAAAGUAGAAGUGUGUAUGCAUCAGUAAUGCAUCAGUAAAGUCUAACCAGCAGAAAAGUCCUCUACCUUAUUUUUUAUCAUUUUCAGCAGUUUGGUUUGUGACUUUCUUUUUUAUGUUUUUCUUUUCGUUAUUUGGGUUUUGUUUUGCAUGAAACCUUUUGGACUCUGAACGAUGUUCUUGUUCCUUUUCUUGAUGUUCUUGUUUUUCAAGCCAAGUCUUCGGGCUGAGCAGUGUUGCUUUGUCACAGAAAUGAAAACAUAUUUUUAAAGCUCGCUGUUUUCCCUCGAGCUCUGUCUUUGUGCUCUAGUAGUUCACACAACCACCGUAAAAUCUGGAAUACAAGUCAAAGGUUUAGACUGUCAUCUUAUGCAUAUGUGUAGCAAUUUGUAGUACCAUCUGUAAACGACACCCUGCCAGCUACCCGUACGUUAUAUCAGCUCACUGUGCGGUAGUGUUGAUAGUUGUCAGGAAUAGACGGACCCACUGCCAGUGACCAAUUCACCGAGUCUCACACCACCCCCUCUGCUCGUCACUUGUCAGAAAUGUAGGAGUCUUUUCAUCAAAGCGGCACUCCUAAAAGUUAAUUUAUUUAAUAGUAUACCACAGUUUUUCCUCUUAAAAUGCAUGACUGAAACCUAUAAAGGGAGAAAAGCAUCAAAAAGUAGCACCGCUAGGCUGGUCUGCCUCACACUGUAUCCAGCAUGCAGUUACUUGCGGCUUCGAGCGCCAUCUUCGGAGUAAAUUACCGUAAAACAAUAGAGCUCCUAUCCCUGCAUCUUAAGUUGGUAUAUUAUCCCACUGGUGUGUAGAAGGAGGCAGCUCACACUUUAGACAGCAAGAAAAUAUUAAGUGUUUCAUGCACCAAGUCUGACGGUACAUGUUAAAAAUAUUGUGAUUUACACAUGUAUAACUUUGCGAUUUGCAUAAGAUUUCGUCCCAUAUUUGCAAUUUUUAUGAAUAAACAUAAUUAUUUUUGAGUUUUUGGUAUUUGUAUGCAAGAAACUGAAUCACAGCUCUGUAAUUAUCCAGUGAAAUCUUACAAUUAAAGCUCCUGUGAGGAGUUUUUCGGUGGCCAUAAAACAGAAAACAUGACUUCACUUAAUGACUUUAAAAAGAUCAUCAUCAGCAUAGAGCUUUAGUUUUCUUUUUUAAAUGUUUUAGUUUUUAUUUAUUAUUCAUUGUGUCGUGCACCUUAAGGUGCCCAGCCCAUAUGGACUUACAAGACACUACAAAACAAAACAAAACAAAAUAGGAGCAACAACAUAAGAAGAAAAAGAAAAUAGAAGAUAGAAGAGAAGUUACAAUACUGCACAUGUCCAACAAUGAACUAAAGUAAUUCAAAAGCACAGAGGUACACUUCAGACAUUUGGCAGUGACAACAACUAAAUCAUGCAUAGAGUGUGCUCCUUCGCUGCUGAACGGCAUUUUUAUUUUGUCUCUGGUUAUUUUUCAGGUCUGAAACCACCUCGUCUACAGUAGGCUGUAGAAACAGUAUAUUUUACAUUUCUCACUCCAAAGACUCAAAGUGGUAGAAUCAGUUUAGACACAGCAGGAUAACAUGUCACAUAAAAAGUAUCACUUUGUCCACCGGAGACGCUAAAGUCGAUACAAACCAAAUGUUCCUCACAGGAGCUUUAAAGGUAUGUUGAUUUAAAACAGAGCCCAAACAAAAUUCAUAACAUUUCAGGAAAAUGUUUCUGCAGAAAAUAUCUUCAGAUUGAAUUCUGAGGAAAUAUGUACAGUUUUUUACUGUAACCUCUGCAGAGAUUAUUUCUAACAGAAGUCUUGGUUAGAAAUCAUCCAGUUGUUUGGUCUUUGUUCAUUCGAUUGAUCCCAAAUCUAAACCUCUGUUUGUAAAUAUAAAGUGAGGUUUGAUGGCGAUACUCUUUUUUUGGCGACACUGCACAGCAACGAAGGCAGCCAUGUUUGUGUUGGGGUCUCACAGCUGGAGAAUGUAAAUACAGUCUGUCCUUCAUCCUUCCUGCAGACAAACUGCAGCUUCACUCUCCCAGUAAAAAUAUAUACAACCCACUUA